AUGACCAUCCUUAGUGGUUCAAGAUUAGCAGCCACGAACGGUGCCUUAAUUCGAUUAACAUCUUUGUCCAACUGGGGAACAUGCAUUAAUCCUUCCAAGUUUUCCAGCAAAAUCUUUAAAGGAUGGCAGCUUCAAGUGAAUAAGUGCCAACCCUGGAGCAAAAGCAAUAGUCAAAGAUGCUCUUUUAUGACUGGAAGUUCUAAACGCCACAGACCUUUCAUUAAUAGAAGCCAAGAAUGUUUUUUCAAUGUGAAGAAUACCGAAAUAGGCAAUGCUGUGCACAACUCCUCUGUAAGGCCUUGUAUCUUCUCUGAGAAAGGGCUGAAAAGGGAUACAUUAUCUGGCACACUUUCUUCUUGGAAGUUACAAAAUGUUGCUGAUGUUCAGAACUUAAGGUCUUUUCAUGGGUCACCAUCACUGAAGGCUGCUCCUGUUCCUCUCUUGUGGAUUAUCUUGAAGCCAGCUCAGAAACUUCUUGCUAUCAUCCUUGGGAGGAGCAUAAGAAAAUGGUGGCAUGCCCUUCCUCCCAACAAGAAGGAGUUAUUUAAAGAAGCUGUAAGGAGAAAUCAAUGGAAGAUAGUCUUGGGCCUGUGCAGCUUAGGCAGUAUAUUUAUCGUGUUUUAUUUUACACAUUUGGAGGAGACACCAGUCACUGGACGUGCUCGGCUUCUGGUAUUUGGGAAGGAACAUUUCGCUGAAUUGACCCAGAUAGAAUAUAAUAUGUGGAUGGAAGAGUUUAAAAACAAAAUGUUACCUGAAAGAGACCCUCGUUAUCAAGUUGUCAAAAAAGUUGUCCGUCUCCUAGCUGAAAGCAACAAAGAUGUUCCACAAUUCUCAGAGUUCACAUGGACUAUCCAUGUCAUAGAAGAGCCAGGCAUCAAUGCUUUUGUACUUCCAAAUGGACAAGUGUUUGUUUUCACUGGCUUGCUGACUGCUGUGUCAGAUAUUCAUCAGCUGUCUUUCAUUUUGGGACAUGAAAUCGCUCAUGCUGUUCUGGGACAUGCUGCGGAGAAAGCCAGUUUGACACACUUCUUGGAUUUCUUCUCUGUCAUUCUUCUCACAGUGAUCUGGGCUGUCUGUCCUCGAGAUAGCUUAGCAGUUUUAGGCCAGUGGAUCCAGGCCAAAUUUCAGGAGUUGCUGUUUGAUAGGCCCUAUAGCAGGACAUUAGAAGCUGAAGCAGACAAAGUUGGACUUCAGUUUGCAGCUAAGGCAUGCAUGGAUGUAAGAGCAAGUUCAGUAUUUUGGCAGCAAAUGGAAUUGGCUGAGAAAAUUCAAGGAAACCCAAAGUUACCAGAGUGGCUUUCUACGCACCCUUCUCAUGAGAACCGAGCUGAGCAUUUGGACAGACUUAUACCUGAAGCACUUAAAAUACGAGAGCAUUGCAAUUGCCCUGCUUUGGUCGGUGAAGAUCCACGACUUAUCUUCAGAUUGAGCAUGCAGCACCUUCUGCAAACAUCUAAAGAUAAAGGCCCAAAUGUUACUGAUAAAACAAAUGUGAACCUUCCUUCCAUUCAAAAGAAUAAGGUGCCUGUGGCUAUUCUUCCUGGUGAACCGUCAAGAUGA